AUGGCGCACGCUCUGGGCAAGUACAUGCCAUUGCGAGAUGUCCCCCCCCACUUCCAGUGUCUGCGGGCCUACCUUGCCAUGCCCCACCUGGACGAGCAGGCCUGCGGCUCGCUCCGGACCACCAUGAGGCGGAGCUGUCCGAAGGUGUCGGGCCUCGUGAGCCUCGGGAGGCCUGGCGCACUGGUUGCCGAGGGCACCAAGGAGGAGGUGCAGGACGCCAUGAUCAAGGCGUCCAUGGGGAUACGGUGCAAGGACAUGAAGGACGGCAAUCUCCACGAGGCUGAGGACCUCGGCGUGGACGUACAGGACGUGGACGCAUGGAGAGCGUUCGACGGCGUCGAGAAGACAGAAGAUUUGAAGAGUUUCCUCGGCGGGAUCGGGCACAUGGAUUGGUACCAGACGUUGAGUGAAGAGUUCAGUAAACUAGAGAUCUUUCAGCGCCCUAGACGGAGGGCGUACGCGAGCGGCCAGAGCUCCCAGCUGCGGAGGCUGCUGGAGCGAGGUUGGCGCCCGAAGAGGACCCUCACAGAGGCUUUGCUGGGAAUCCUCGAGCCGAGCAGCGCGCCUUUCCGCUUCAGGGAGCUCGGCGACGGUCGCCCCGGCCUGCUGCUCCAGAACGUGCUCUUCAGCCUCGGCGACGGCCCUGCCCAGGUUUUGGUCGAGUGGCCGGUUGGUCGAUCAUUCUACCACAGCUGGUGCUGGCAGAUACCGCCUUCGCCGACUAGCAGUACGCAGUCUGGCGGCCCCCACCUCGAGGACUCGGCCGACGACGAACCUUGGGUCGAGGGGCCUUUCCCUUGGGGUCUGCGCUACGGCUGGGUGGUGGAGUUGCAGUCCACAGAGGAGCAACAGGGCCCUGGCGCCUCGCGCUUCCUGCACGUGGGCGCGGGCAAGCCAGCAGGCAAGAUCACGCUGGACGACCUCUGCCAGGAGCCGCUUCCUUGA